AUGCUCAUGAAAAUUUUUUCUCCAACUCUUCUUUUAUUAAUUUUUCUCUCAAUUAUAAUUGCCAUGAAAGUAGAAGAAAAAAAUCAACUUCGACUACAAGUUAUAGAUAUGUUUAAGCAUGGAUUUAAUUCAUAUAUGAAAUAUGCUUAUCCGGCGGAUGAAUUAAUGCCUUUAAGUUGUAAAGGUCGAUAUCGAGGUUCAGAACCAUCACGGGGUGAUAUAGAUGAUGCAUUGGGGAAUUUUUCAUUAACACUUGUUGAUAGUUUGGAUACUCUAGCAGUUAUUGGAAUGUUUGAUGAAUUUGAACAAGCAGUUCGUCAAGUUAUUCAAUAUGUUACAUUUGAUCGUGAUGUUGUUGUCUCAGUUUUUGAAACAAAUAUUCGUAUGAUCGGUGGUCUUCUUGGUGGUCAUAUAUGUGCAAAAUAUAUUCAUUUACAUCAUCCAUUACGUUUAUCUUGGUAUCGUGAUGAAUUAUUGGUUCUUGCUCAUGAUUUAGGUCUUCGUUUAUUACCUGCAUUUAAUACGACAAGUGGUUUACCAUUACCACGUGUUAAUCUUCGUUAUGGUAUUGAUUUAACAUUAUCAAAAAGUGAACGUGAACGUUUUACAUGCACAGCAUGUGCAGGUACAUUAAUAUUAGAAUGGGCAACAUUAUCACGUUUAACAGGAAAUUAUUUAUUUGAACAAUAUGCUGAUCGUGCUAUGUCAUAUUUAUGGGAUAGACGACAUCGACAAUCAAAUCUAAUGGGUACAAUACUUAAUGUACAUUCAGGUGAUUGGAUUUCACGUGAAUCGGGUAUUGGUGCUGGUAUUGAUUCAUAUUAUGAAUAUUUAUUUAAAGCAUAUGUUUUAUUGGGUGAAAAAAAUAAUGAUUAUUUAUCUCGAUUUGAAGAUCAUUAUUCAUCUAUAAUGUCUUAUGUUCAAAAUGGUAUUGCAAUGGUUAAUGUUCAUAUGCAUGAACCACAUCGUUCAACAAAAAAUCAUAUGGAUGCUUUAUUAGCAUUUUGGCCAGGUUUACAAGUUAUGACAGGAGAUUUAAAACCAGCUAUUGAAUUACAUGAAAUGCUCUAUCAACUUGUUAAAAAACAUAAAUUUAUACCUGAAGCAUUUACAACAGAUUAUAGAAUACAUUGGAAUUCUCAUCCAUUAAGACCAGAAUUUGUUGAAUCAACAUAUUUUCUUUAUAAGGCUACUGGUGAUCCACAUUAUCUUGAAGUUGGUCGAACAAUUUUAAAUAAUCUUGAACAACAUGCACGUGUUCCAUGUGGUUAUGCUGCUUUAUCCGAUGUUUCUACUGGUCAAAAAGAAGAUCGAAUGGAUUCAUUUGUUUUAGCUGAAACAUUUAAAUAUCUUUAUUUAUUAUUUGAUUCAACUCCACAUCGUUAUAUUGAUAUCGAACAAUUUUUAUUUACUACUGAAGCACAUCUUCUUCCACUUAAUCCUUUUUUAUUUAAUAUAAAUGAUACAUUAAAAAAUCAAUUUCAUCAAAUAACAUUAAAAUCAGCACGUAAUUAUGAACAAAAAAAUCUUUCAAUAAUUGAAAAACAAAAUGAACGAAAAGCAAAAUCAAAUCAAUGUCCAGUUAUGGAUGAACAAUUUAAAUCACAUGAAUAUAAAGAAAAUUUAAGACAAAAUAUUCGUGAUAAUCAAAAUAUGAAAGAAAUACGAACAGCAUCAUCAAAUAAUGUUAACAAAAAUGAAAUCAAUAUAUCUUAUCAUCGUAUAACUGCUGUUGAAUUUUCCUCAGAUAAUUCUGAGCAUAUAGUUCAACUUAGACAAAUGGGUAUUCAAAUUGAACCAUUAUCUAAUGGUGAAAUUCAAUUAAUUCAUAUGGCAUCUGCAGCUGAAUCUACUAAUGAUGCAGAAGCUGGUUUAAGUUUUAUGCAAGAAAUGAUUGAAUUAAUGAAAAAUACGAAUUUAUUUCGAAAUUCUAUUAAACAUUUUAAACCAUUAACUGUUAUACCAUUAUUAGAAAAAAAAUCAAUCAGUUUUACUGUUGCUCCUGCUCAAUUUGGAAAACAAUUACAUGAAACUCAAGGAAUAUUUGCUCAAUUAUAUGUUGUUCAACCGUAUUCUGCUUGCUCAGAACUAUUAUUAUCUCAUUAUAUUUCUUCUCGUAUUGGUAUUAUUCGUCGUGGUGAUUGUAUGUUUAUUGAUAAAGCUCGUCGUUUAGAAAAUGCUCAUGCUACUGGUGGAAUUAUUCUGGAUCAUAAUCUAUCAUUGAAAUCUUUAAAUAAUUCAGUGUUUUCUAUGACUGAUGAUGGAAGUAGUAUUGUAGAUAUUCCACUUGUUUUAAUGUUUAAAGAUGAAGCAGUUCAAUUAUUAUAUCUUUUAUCAAAGCAACCAGAUUUAAUAAUUUAUAUUGGAGAUGAAAAUUAUUUAAGUGAAAGUUUUUAUCAACAAAUGAAUUAUUUAGAAAAUUUAAUUGAACCAUCUAAUCCAAUAACAAAAAGAUGGUUCUAUGGACAUAUGGAAUUAUUUAAUAAAGAUAAACAAUGUUCAAUUGUACCAGAUAAAUUAAAACAAUUAGAACUUAUCAUCAAACAACAAGUUGAACAUCAGAUUCAUACUAAUAAUGAUAAAUUAUCGGAACAUUUUCCUGAUACUAAUUUAACUACAGGGAAUAUUCAUAAUCAAUCAAGCCAUAAUAUAAAUGCUUAUCAUACAGUUGUGAACAAAUUGAUUCAAUCAGCCUUUAGUAAUGAUAAGCAAUCAUUAGUUUUUAAUACUAAUACUGAUAAUCAAGAAGAACAAACUAGUAUGUUAAUUGAAGUAACUAUGACUGAUGAAGAAGCAGAAUAUCAAAUGUCAAUGGCUGCAGAAGAUACACAGAAAAAGAAUGAAAAACAAGCAAAUAUAAAAGAAGAGUUUUAA